AUGCCUUCGUUUUGCCUGAUCGUUGGAUGUUCCAACGAUAAAAAGAGACGUCCAGACCUUAGUUUUUGUAGGGUGCCUAAAGUUAUUACUAGUCAAGGCGAACAGACGGUAAUUGUGUCGAAUGAACGGCGAACUAGAUGGUUAGCGGCCAUAAGUCGUGAUGACUUGACAGAAAGCAAGCUUGAGAACGACCGUGUUUGUGGAAUUCAUUUUCAUUCUGGAAAAGCAGCUUCCCUCUGGGAUAAAUUCAAUCUAGACUGGGUGCCUAGCUUGCAUUUGGGCCACAGCAAGUUAAAGAGUUCAGACAAACAGGACAAACAACAAGAAAGAGCGCAGAGAAUAAGAGAAAGACGUAAACGCGAGAGGGAGCGUGAAGAACAGGAUCAGUCUGUAAAAGAAAAAAAGGCAAGGGAAGAUGGAUCAGAAGCCCAUGGCGAUAGAAUCAGGGAUAUUUCUUUCGCGGUUCAAGAUGAAGAAGAUUUGGCAGAGGGUCCAGAGGACUAGGAAGAGGGGAACAACAUGGCCACACAAACUGAGCCAAGCGAACUCACGCAAUCACGGUCAACGCAAACCGAGCAGUGUGAUUACAUGUUUCGAACGCCUAAACCUUGGAUGCCAGAAAAAUCCACCGUAUUUGAACAGGAGUUUUUUGCGGGAGAUGAUGGUAAAGUUCGCUUUUACACUGGGUUACCCUCGAGGGAAGUUUUAAUGAAAACAUUCUCCUUUGUAUCUCCACAUGUCAACAGACGCUCCCUGUCAUUGAGUAAAUUUCAGGAGUUUGUUCUGGUGUUGAUAAAACUACGGCUGACCGUCCCACACUAA